GCGAGCUCGCCCGGGCAGCGCCGGCAGCAUGAGGAGCGGCGGCGCCGCUGCAGCCGCUGGGGCCGCGGGACGGGCGGAGCAGGAAUAACAUGUGUAGAAGUACUUGCUAGUGUUGAUCACCUGUACACCAGCACAAGAGCUCCAGCUUAAUCAUUCUCAAGCUCUACUCUCAGAACAUGGGGGAAAAUGAUGAUGAAAAAUACAAUCAAGCUGGCCAGAUAUUUGAAAACUUUGUACAAGCAUCAACAUGCAAAGGCACCAUUCAGGCCUUCAAUAUUCUCACUCGCCAACUUGAAUUAGAUCCUUUGGACAAUAGAAACUUUUAUACCAAACUGAAAUCAAGAGUGACUACAUGGAAGGCCAAAGCUUUGUGGAACAAGCUUGAUAAGAGAGCAAGUCACAAAGAGUAUAAACGUGGAAAGUCUUGUAUGAACACUAAGUGUUUAAUUAUUGGGGGUGGCCCCUGUGGCCUGAGGACUGCCAUUGAACUUGCCUUCCUGGGAGCCAAGGUUGUCGUUGUGGAGAAGCGGGACACCUUCUCAAGGAACAAUGUGCUGCAUCUCUGGCCCUUUACCAUCCAUGACCUUCGGGGACUGGGAGCAAAGAAAUUUUAUGGAAAGUUCUGUGCAGGAUCUAUUGAUCACAUCAGUAUUCGACAGCUUCAACUCAUCCUCUUCAAAGUUGCACUUAUCCUUGGAGUGGAAAUUCAUGUGAACCUGGAAUUUGUGAAAGUCCUGGAGCCUCCUGAAGAUCAAGAAAACCAAAAGAUGGGUUGGAGGGCUGAAUUUCUCCCCAUGGAUCACCCUUUGUCAGAGUAUGAAUUCGAUGUUAUCAUUGGUGCAGAUGGCCGCAGGAACACGUUAGAAGGCUUCAGGAGGAAGGAAUUUCGUGGAAAGCUGGCUAUAGCAAUCACUGCCAAUUUUAUAAACAGAAAUACAACUGCAGAAGCCAAGGUAGAAGAAAUUAGUGGGGUUGCUUUUAUCUUCAACCAGAAGUUCUUCCAGGACCUGAAAGAGGAAACGGGCAUUGACCUGGAGAACAUUGUUUACUAUAAAGACAGCACGCAUUAUUUUGUGAUGACAGCAAAAAAGCAGAGUCUUCUGGACAAAGGAGUGAUUAUUAACGACUCCAUUGAUACCGAGCUGCUGCUCUGUGGGGAAAAUGUGAACCAGAGCAAUUUGCUGUCCUACGCCAGAGAAGCUGCUGACUUUGCAACCAACUACCAGCUGCCUUCCUUGGAUUUUGCAAUUAAUCAUUAUGGCCAACCAGAUGUAGCAAUGUUUGAUUUUACCUCCAUGUAUGCAUCUGAAAAUGCUGCACUAGUGAGAGAGAGGCACAGACAUCAGCUCCUGGUGGCUCUUGUUGGAGAUAGUUUGCUUGAGCCAUUCUGGCCGAUGGGUACUGGCUGUGCACGAGGUUUCUUGGCUGCCUUUGACACGGCGUGGAUGGUGCGGAGCUGGGCGCAGGGGAAGCCCCCGCUGGAGAUCCUGGCUGAACGAGAGAGCAUUUAUCGACUCUUGCCUCAGACGACCCCUGAAAAUAUUAAUAAGAACUUUGACCAGUACACCAUUGACCCGGGAACAAGAUACCCAAACUUGAACUCGAGCUGUGUUCAACCUCACCAGGUGAGACAAUUAUAUGUUACCAAUGAGCUACAGCAGUGUCCUCUUGAAAGAGUGAGCUCCAUUAGAAGAUCAGUGAACCUCACAAGACAGGAGUCAGAUAUUCGGCCUAACAAGCUUUUGACGUGGUGCCAGAAGCAGACAGAGGGAUACCGAAACGUUAAUGUCACUGACCUGACCACCUCCUGGAGAAGUGGCCUUGCUCUAUGUGCCAUCAUCCAUCGCUUCAGGCCUGACCUCAUUGACUUCGAGGCCCUGAAGGAAGAGGACGUGGUGAGGAACAACCAGCUGGCAUUCGACGUGGCCGAGCAGGAGUUCGGCAUCCCGCCGGUGACCACGGGCAAGGAGCUGGGCUCGGCCGGGGAGCCCGACAAGCUCAGCAUGGUGCUCUACCUGUCCAAGUUCUACGAGCUGUUCCGGGGCACCCCGCUGCGCGCAGUAGAUGCUGCUGAGAAGCAAAAUGGAGAAAAUAAGGAUCUUGGUUCACUGAAAUCAUCGAAUUUCAUCUUUAAUAAUUAUAGCAAUUUAACCUUACCAAGAAAAAGAGUACCAAAGGUUGAAGGGAAAACAGAAGAAAAUGAGACUAACAAAAGGCGUCGGAAAGGACUCUUUGGUGUCUUUGAGAAGACUUCAGGCUCUCCAAGCCAGGGGACAAACAACGGGAAAGAACAGAGUGAUGGCAGAGAAGGCAUGAACCAGAACAAAGUCAAAUCAAUGGCAACUCAGCUGCUGGCAAAGUUUGAAGAGAAUGCUUCAAAUACAAUUCUGCGGAGACAGGAGCUAACAGAUAGGCCAGCCCUGCUCUCCUCUGACCCUCCUGUUAAUCCUCGCUUUGCUAAACCUACGGAUCCAAGCCUUCUUCCACCUCAACCAAAAAGGCAGGUGGUAGCUAGGAGUGAACACGAGGUCAGGGAACCCAAACAGUCUUUAAAUGGUUCUGAUCAUAUGGCCAGGAGAGCAAAGGCUGUGCACAAAACAGAUCCCCAGCCCAGUCUGUCAGAAACCUCUGAAAAUCUUGCAUCUGCCUGUUCUGCUGCAUUUGUACUUUCUGGAGUGCUUGAGCGCCUUCAGCACCUGGAGGAAAAAAUGAAACAGAAAAGAGCUCAGAGCAUAGCAAAUAGGGAAUUCCAUAAAAAGAACAUUAAGGAGAAAGCAGCACAUCUCGCCUCAAUGUUUGGAUACAUGGAGUUUCCAAAGAAUAAGCUACCUACUAAAGGCUUACCCCAUUCUCAGCCCCCAACUCCCUCUUGCUCUCCACCUCAUCAUUCAGCUGUUGCUGCUUCAUCAUCUGUUGGUUCAGCUUCCUCUGCUGUUUCUUCUCAACAGACAACUGUAGGCAAGGUCUCACAUGCCAUUGGAGCUGUGGCUGAAGUUCUUGUAAAUCUGUAUGUGAAUGAUCACAGACCCAAGGCACAGCUUGAACUGAAGCGGUCUCUGGACAGAGCUGCAGGUUCUUGCCCCAUUCCUCACUUACCAUCUGCUGCCUCCACCACUCAGGGCUGUCAGGGUUCUCUGCGAAAAGAAUUUCCCAAGUCCAUCGGGGGGAGUGACAUUUGUUAUUUCUGCAAGAAACGGGUCUAUGUCAUGGAGCGGCUGAGUGCAGAAGGCCACUUCUUUCACAGGGAGUGCUUCAAGUGUGAAAUAUGUUCUACAACACUCCGCUUAGGAAUUUAUGCCUUUGAUGUUGAAGAAGGUAAAUUUUACUGUAAACCUCAUUUUACGCACUGCAGAAUCAGUACAAAACACAGAAAGAGAAGAGCAUCAAUACAGAUCCAUGGAAAGGAGGCAAUAGACGCGUGGAAGAAAGUGGAAGCCAAACACUCAGAGAUCACCACAGAAAGCAGUUUGUCCACUGCUAGCAGUCCAGAGGACAGGUCCCCAGUCCAAUUCAACAUUCCGGUGCUGCACCCGCUCACUGGCUGAAGCCUUUCUGCUCUCAGGUGAUUUUUUUUCCAGUUCCAAAAUUGCACGACUAACCCUGUUGUUUGAAAGCAUUUCAUUGUGUGUUUUGUUUUUAUUUUUUUAACUGUUGGAGCAAUCUGUGUGUCUGGUAUAUUAAUGGAGCUUUGGCAUGAUGAUUUAACCUGUUGCUGAGUUCACAGUUCUAGAAAAGGUAAUGUUUUUCUCUCUCUGUCCAUGCAUGUGUGCCUCCCUGUGCCUUUAAGGUAAGUUAGGCAAGUAAAGGGUUUCUUGAAAGAACUUGUUAAAGCCUUCUUUCAAGAACUAAAGGAAAGAUUUAAAAUAAGGAAAGAAAUAUCUGAUUUUCCAGGUUAACAUGAGCACCUAUUUGCAUCAAGCUCACACACCCAAUGAACAAGCAGUGUCCCUGCUUUCCUACUGGAAAAGUGUGGUAUAAAAGGUUCUAUAAACAAAAUAAUCAAAAUACUGCAAGUUCUAGUCUUCCACCCCAAGUGACAUCGUAGGCAGGCCUAAAAGUGCAUGUGGUUCUCUGUCAACAUGCCAGGCUCCAGAGGGCUUUGGUGUGAGUGGUUUUAUUACCUGGGCCUUGCUUGGCACUCUGAUGAUUUGGUUUCUGUUGCUGCAUGAGAUGUUGCCACCCCUCUCCCACCAUUAUUUUGGAUGUUUUUUUACAUAAGGUCCAGUUUGUAUAAUCACCAGUCUAGAAAGGGAAAUGAAUCCCAGCAAGAACCAAGGGCUCAGGCUGACCAGCAAGUACACUGAGGGUCUGGCUGAGGACCCCUCUCAAAGGGAAGGGCCUUUGGGGAUUGAUCUUAGGAGGGGCCAAACAUCCUCUGCCAUCUUCCCUAUUUCACAUGCCUCAGGCAGGAACAUGGAAGGCAGCAGGGCCAGAGCCCCAGGCUCCUUAUCUUGCUGGUCUGUACAUUUGCACGACUCAGCCAGUUGUAUUUAUUGAUGUGGGUAUCCUAAAGUGACUUGAUGGCUCUGAAAGUCCCCACACUGUGCCCACACAGAAUCUCUCAGUGUUUCAAACGUCAUUUCCUGCACAAAUGGCUGGGAUGUGACUCCUAGUGUAUUUCAGGGCUGCAGUGUGUUGUUAUAAAGCUCAGCAUGCUUUAAUAUGAAGGUCAUGACAUAAAGGUCUGCCAUUUCAAAUCACUUCCUAUUGCUGUGUUUUUUACUCUCUGUUGCAGAGUUUUCCUUGCUCUUCCUGCCCAAUGAGGAUUCUGUCCUUCUCCUCCUAAAUCUUCUGUCUUCCUUUUACUUUAUAUUCUUAACUGAAUAUUUGUUAUUAAAUAUUAACUCUGUAUUUAAAUUUUCACAUGGAAAUUCUGUAUUUUGCACAUAGUGAAAAAAAAAUUGUUAUAGCUUUAUUUAUGAUAUCUGCUGUAAAAAAAAAAAUAAAUGUAGUUCUUUAUAAGUCUCCUUGUUUCAUCUCUUCCUUUUAUAAAAAGUUUCCUGGGUACAGAGACUUAGUAGUGACUUCAC